GAAACUACAGCGCCGUCGCACACGUGACGUCAUCAAAAUCCGCCUAAUCUUCACUGAGCGCCGAAAUCAAACAACUGAGCUUUAUGUUUAUCGGACUGCAAUUAGUUCAGACAUCGCCUUCACAUCCGUCCUGUUUGUGUAGCUUUUAGCAGUUUAAACUGUGUACAAUUCUUGUACCUCUGAUCUGAGCUUUGAGGUGGGUGUCCCGCUCUGGAAUGACGUGAAAAUGAACCCUGCGCACUGAGUCCAGUGUUUUCCUGUUACUCCUACGCUUUCCUAAUCUUUAUAAACAGACGUCACAAUCAGCUAUUUUGUAAAUUCUUCACAGACACCUAAAAAUAAGUGAUUUUAAUUGCGUCGAUGCAUUUGGCGUCAUUAGUCAACCACUUCAAAGUUGGUUUCACGAACUUAUGGCUAACACUAAGCUAACACAGUAAUGGAGGAAAGCUCAUCGCGUCCUUCAACUGCCAGCAGUGUUUUUCGAGAAUCUUUUCUGCAGAAGAUUUUGGAGCGGCUGUGUGUCACCCAGUCUCUAAAACUGCGGCCAGAAGACACAUCUCCCGUCACUGUAGUAGCUCUCCAUCGGUACUUGGCUGACUCUGGAGAGGCGCAGCAGCAGGAUGACAGCUACAGCUACGACGUGACGCUCACAGACGGAGUGUGGAGAGCAAAGUGUUUUCUCCACUCCUCUUUAAAUCAUGUGGUGCAUAAAAACUAUCUGAGGACCGGCACAGACAUCAGCAUAACGCAGUGCUCUUUUGUUUACAACGAGAGGAGACUAGGGCAUGGUUAUCUCUGCAUUGAGGAUCUCACGUGCAGGACGGAUACCUGCACUGUACGGACAUAUGACAAAGAUAUCAGUGCACUUCCUAUACUAGUCAAGCAUGGCAUGGAGAGGACCAUCUCUUUGCAAAGUGAUGUGCCACUUCAGGUGAGCCGUAAGCACUACCUCCCCCUGUGGAAUAAUGAUGACCCGGAUGGAGAGAUGUGGGCCUCUGAACCUCUCUCAGAGAACACUGUGCUUGAUGUGUCCAAGAUCACUUUUCUGUGUAAUCUGGAAGGACAGUUUCAAAACCUACAGAAACCAUUCCCUCUUCUUGUAAAAAUAAUACAUAAAUCCAGACUGAGAUAUUAUGGAAAAUAUGGGCUCAACAUUGACUAUCCUUAUAUGACCUAUUUUGAGGUGGCUGAUCAGAGUGGCACUAUGUCCCUGGUGCUGUGGAAUGACCUUUGUCCUGAGUUUUACCAAAGACUUCAUGAGGGCACAGUGCUGUACCUCCAAAAUUACAGUCUGAAGCGGAGUUAUCUGAAUAGGUCGCGCCCACACAUGGACCAUUACAGAAUGAAUGCUUUUAACUCUGUGGAAAUCUGCCUCAACCCACGUAAACCAGCCUCAGUUAUAACUAUAAUUUCACCAAAAAGUGUGCUACCGCAGUGGGGGUUACCUGAAAUUUCAUACCGGUUCAUCACUAGGUCAGAGCUGAAUCAACUAUCAAAUAAUUUUGUUUGUGACAUUAUUGGUUUAGUAACAUUUGUGGGACGUGUGGAAAGGAUACGAUGUAAAGCCAACAAAGGUCUUCCUGAGAAAUACUGGACAUAUCGGUGGAUUCAUGCAGUAGAUGGCACAUCUGAUCUCCCUCUCAUCAUUGAAAUGUUUUCAUCUUCUCAGCCAGAAAUAUUUAGUCACAUUUGCCCAAUGACGUACCUAGUUUGCACCCAGAUGAGACUUUGUCAUGUCAAUGGGGGGCUACCUUACCUCACAAGCAGUUGCGAGACACGGAUGUUCAUAACAGGUUACCACAAAGGGCAGCCAUAUGUGAGUGACCCAAAAGUCAAAAGCUUCAUACAGUGGACAAAGACUCUGAAAGACAAUGUCAUCCUCCAGAAAACCACACUUGGAGGAUAUUAUAGCUAUCCCCGAGCUCCUAAAAUAUUCAUCCAGUCAGUGGAAAGUGCAUCAGGUCAAGUUCCACUAGUUGCAGCAGCCGACCUAAAGAAGGAGUUUGAGACGCUACAGUACAGAGAACAUAAAAGAGUUGCGAUUCAAGGACAGAUCAUGGCUGUGCAAUUCAUAAAACGUCAAACGUCAGACAAGAGUCCAUGUCAAACAGAAGAGCCACAGGUUCCAGUAGUUUUGACCCAGUUGUGUGAAGAAAAUCAAGAUGCCAGCACUGACCAUUCUGUUUCUAUGGAUACAACUUUGAGUCAAAUCAACACAAGAAAAAGAAGAUCUCAAGUAAGAAAUGGAAAACAGUCUUCAGAAGAUGUCACAGUAACUAAAAGAAGCAUCAGACAUGAGAAUAUAGUGGCUGAACAAGAACAGAACAAGACUGACAAUUCAUCAGAUAAAACUGAGAAUUUCCAAAGUCAAGGAUCUGGUGUUACAUCCUGGGAGAGCAGUGAUUGGCUGACACAAAAGCUGAGUGUGUCAGAACAUUUACAUCGAGGCAUCUUGUAUGAAGACAGCAUUUCACAAAGAUUUAUGUUUGAGGAAAAGAAUUCUCUGUUGCAGUGGAGCAACCUUCAUCCAGCACGGUUUAGCCCAGAGCACUCCAGAGACCCAAUCCCACCUGUGGCUUACCCUGGUUACUACAGAAUUACCAUUUUAGGCGUAAACAGGCAGUUAGCUGUAGAUGCUGCUUAUGUUCCUGUGGUGCACCCCAAUGAGCCUUGUGCAGUGGGACUGUUACAGGAUCCCCACGGCAACACCAUGCUGUCCUGCCUCUCCUCUGGCUUCCUGUGCCCCCUCAGCACUGAUGCAAGUCAAUCAAUACAUCCACAGCCAGAGGAGAUUUUGGAAACCGCUGGAGAGUUGGAGGGUUUACAUGUGGUGUGCGUCCUGGACCUGUGUCAUCUCGGUGGAGACCAAGUGGAAGUCCUCAUCAACAAAGUGUACAAAGUAACAGAGGUUUCUCUCCAAUAGACUUUUAGUUUACUUGUGUCAAAUUGUGUUAGUAUUAUUAUGUAAAAGAUUCAUGCCAUUCUCAGAUUGUUUAUGCAACUACUUUUUUACUUCUAUAAAUGCACAAACCCCUUGUAGUUUUCUAGGACAUGGACCAUUGCAAAGAGUUUUUUUUUAUAGUGCACCCAAAUACGCUUUUCUGUGUUCCCAUGCAUUAAAAACCUUUUAAUAAAUCUAUGUAGUCACAUUUGGUUAGAGUAACCAUACAUGUUUGAAAUAUUUAUUUUCCAUUUCACAAUAUCCAGGUUUAAAUUUUGCAUUUAGUGGGUAAAC